AGGUAGACAACACCUUUUUUCAACGACGCUGAUACGAUGGAUGCCGUGACAACUAUAAGAAAGGCAAAGUUUCCUCACUCCUCGUAGUUGCCUAUCAUUCAGCUCCCCCACCAGCACGAUCCUGGUCCUCUUUUUCCAGCUAUGAAGUUGAAUCUUGGAAGCCUCGCCCUCUGGGUGCUCUCAGCGGCACCAGUCGCUGAGGCCCAUUACCGCUUCAGCAAACUGCUCGUGAACGGCAAGCUCUCCGGCGACUGGGAGUACAUGCGAGAGAACAGCAACGGCAUCAUGCCCACGAAACAGUUUCUCGCACCCAGUGACGACUUCCGGUGCAAUUCCGGCAGCUUUGCCAAUGCUGGAAAGACCAAAGUGGCCAAGGUCAUGCCUGGAGAUACCAUCGGCUUCCAGCUGUGGUACUACGCGACGAUGCAGCACCCAGGGCCGUUGACGAUCCACAUGUCCAAAGCCCCCGGCGAUGUGCGCAACUAUCGCGGUGAUGGGGACUGGUUCAAAGUUCAUCAGAUGAUCAUCUGCAAGGCCCCGAACCAAUACCUGAACGAUAAGGACUGGUGCACGUGGGACCUUGCCACCGUCCAGUUCACCCUUCCCCGCGACACCCCCCCCGGUCAAUAUCUCGUCCGCGUCGAGCACAUUGCCCUGCACGGUGCCCAAAGCGGUGACACAGAGUUCUACUUCACUUGCGCACAGAUUGAAGUCGGCGGCAAUGGCAACGGUAAACCGGGACCCAUGGUGAAGAUCCCCGGACUCUACGACUCGAAUGAUCCGGCAUUGCGUUUCUUUAUUUAUGGCGCGCGGUCGUAUCCUUAUAGCAACGUUGGCAAGCAUGCGGUUUGGACAGGUGGCAGCGGUGGCGGGAGCUCGCCGGCGCCUAACCCGGCCCCGUCGAAUCCGCCAGUCACCAACCCAUCCCCGGGUGGUGGCACGGCGCCUCUUUGGGGUCAAUGUGGAGGGAAUGGCUGGACGGGCCCGACACGGUGUGCGGAGGGAACUUGCAAGUUUAGCAACGAUUGGUAUUCGCAAUGUGUGCCCUGAAGGUUUCGGUCAUUCACAGUGUGACAGGGGGAGGAGACUGGCUGAGAUAACCAGGAGAAAUGAGGCACAGCUCUCUGGGGAAAGGUUUCCCCCAACAUUUCCAGGUUGUUAUUGGUCAAUCGAGAGGUACCUUGGUCAAUAACACGUGCUUUCC